AAAAAGAUAGGUCUGUCGUAAAUACCUCUCGUGUAUAAGAACAAAAACUGGUCCUGAUGAAGAGCUGAUACAAGUCAAUACGUCGAAAAGAUAACCAGGAAUGCAAAAGGCUCUCAGAAGUUAUUUUAUCUGAUUACACCCUCCCGCCGAAAGGUUUAAUUCUACAUUUAAUUCCUCCACCGAAUGGCUUGGUUUCGCACGCAGAAGUCAUCUGAUGCCGUUCCAGCUAUUUGUUUAACAGGAAUAACACUUUGGCGUUUGGGAUGGUAAACGAUAAGGGAAUCUCGUUGGAAACCGGUGACCGAGCGACUGGAAACAUCACGAUAGCUAAGCAUUGGACAACAUUCUACACCAUCGAGAAGGACGACAAACCAUGAAAAAUUGCGAAUAUCAACAAAUAGAUCCUAAGGCACUAGCGACACCAUCGCCUGCACCGACUCCUUCGCGACCUUGCCUAGAGAAGAAACCCAAACGGCUCAAAAGAAAAUGGGAAGUGUUUCCUGGGAAGAAUCGUUUUUACUGUGAUGGACGGAUCAUCGUCGCUCGUCAAAGCGGCGUACUUCCUCUGACACUGGGCCUUAUCCUCGUUACUAGUGGACUGUUUUUUAUAUUCGACUGCCCUUUUCUGGUUCAACACCUGACCAGCUGCAUCCCGGUGAUUGGCGGUGUCCUUUUUGUGUUUGUGGUCAUCUCUCUUCUUCAGACCAGCUUUACCGACCCAGGCAUUUUGCCAAGGGCAACGCCAGAAGAGGCUGCUGAUAUCGAGAAGCAGAUUGAUAAUCCCAUCAACUCUUCCUCCUCCUACCGCCCUCCUCCUCGCACCAAGGAGGUCGUCAUCAACGAGCAGGUGGUAAAGCUGAAGUACUGCUUCACCUGUAAAAUCUUCCGCCCACCUCGCACCUCCCACUGCAGUCUGUGUGACAACUGUGUGGAGCGGUUUGAUCACCAUUGCCCCUGGGUUGGAAACUGCGUGGGAAAGCGAAACUACCGCUUCUUCUACAUGUUCAUCGUCUCGCUGUCCUUCCACACCGCCUUCAUCUUUGGCUGCGUGACCACGCACCUGGCUCUGAGAUCACAAGGAGGAAAUGGGCUGGUUUUUGCACUCCAGCAGAGCCCUGCCAGUGCUUUAGAGCUAGUGGUUUGCUUCUUCUCAGUGUGGUCCAUUUUGGGCCUCUCAGGCUUCCAUACAUACCUGGUUGCUGCUAAUCUCACCACAAAUGAGGAUAUAAAAGGUUCGUGGUCAGGGAAAAGUGGGAAUGAAGAAAGUGGGAAUCCUUUUAGUUAUAACAACAUCUUCAAGAACUGCUGUUCAGUGCUCUGUGGGCCCAUGCCUCCCAGUUUGAUUGACCGAAGAGGCUUCGUGCCCACGGAAGAUGAGGUCCGGGCCAUCCCCGCGGAGAUGGAGCUUCCCUCUAUCAAAACUGACAUCAAUAUGCGUACCCAGGGCACUAAAGGCCUGUCAGAGAUGGCUACUCACUCUCUUCACCCGUCCAGCACCUCCCCUCAGGCCAUACCCCCAGCCCUGGACACCCCACGCACCGUGGCUCCCUCCGCCACUCCAGGGCGGCCUAAGGCCUCCAGGGGGCGGCAGCUGGGCUCUUCGUCCCACAGGCAUCACUCUCAGCACAAGAGCAAAGUGAAAAGGACCACCCCUCAGGCCCCCCACCCGGACCCCACCUCCAGCUCUCCUGUCUCCGCAGCCCCAAAGCGUGGCCACGGCUCGAGGAGCCACAAGGACCCGGAGCGCCGAGAGCCCAAGUUCUCACCUCUGCACUGAUCACACCUCACGCCGCCUGCAGACCAAAUGGAGCAGGAAGGCGGGUGUUCCACCCAGCACACAUGCGGACGGAGGACGUGCGCUCUCUCGAUCGAUCGAUCUGGAUCUGCUAGUUUUCUUUCUCUGUGGAUUGGCUAUGCAUUAGACUGACUGACUAGCAAUGUUUCAGAAAACCUGCUUUUAAGAGUUUUCACACUGAGCCCCAGUGUGAAAAGGCAGAACGAAAGCACAUGCACAGCCUGGUCAGGGCAGGUGCUACAGGAUAUGACGUGAGGACAUGUAUUUCUGUCCAUCAGUUUGUGCACUGGACAGUUCAUUUCAUGGAGCUCUAGUACCAGAUCCUAAACAUCACAUCCUCCAUUGGAGCGUGUGACAAUACAACUGUGGAUCCACAGACUAAACAGCAAUAAUUUUACAAGGAAUAUUUGUGUUCUGUAUUUUGAAUGAGCUCUGGGAUCCAUUUAUCUGGCCUUUGUGGGUAUGUCUGUGCUAUACUGGUCAGGCCUGAGUGAGCCACAGUCUACUUUAUGCAAUUAAUAGUGCAUGUUUUGGAAAUGUAGUUCAUGCUUCAUUCGUCACUAGUCAUGAUUUAAAUAAAGUGACCUGUAAGUAUAGCUAGUGUCCUUAGUUUCCUGUAGAGUUAGACUUGAAAUAGAACAACUUUCUCAUUUGCCUGAGUUUUAUAAAAGGACAAGAAAGAUGUAUUACCAUACAGUAAUUCAAGGGAUACUGGAAGAUCCAGUGUAUUUUGUGUGAUAUUUCAGGUACCAGGAAUGUGCAUUGCUGUUUAUUUUUGUAUUAUUGGGUGAUAUUUGAGGCUGAUUUUAUCAUCUUCAUCUUCAUCAUCAUCAUCAUCAUGACUGGUGUAUUUGUUCUUAUGGCAACCCCAAGGCUGUAAAAAGUAGACCUUGAUUUUUAAUGGAUCCCCACUGUCUUUUGGUAAUUGAUUAAUUAGCAGUAUGUAGCAAUACAUCCCUGAUAUGUUAAUGGUUUAUCAUAAAUUUGACAAACUUGUCAGUGUGGAUGGGGUAUGAAUAUCCAGGUCAUCUUUUAAUAUGCAAAUGAAAAAUGAAAUAUUGAUGCAGGAAGUUGAUGUUUACCCACUUUUCCUCAAGACGUUUGCAAUGUUUGCACAAAUAAAUAUGAAAAGCGAA